GCAAGCAUAUCCGACAGACGUCCACUCGACAGCUCGUCACCUCCCCUGGCGCCUUCCACCUCACCGUAGUCCGACUGCAGGCUCGACAGUGAAAUGGCUUCAGUGUCUGAGCACAGUGGACUGUGCCACGCGGGAGAAGGCGCUGCAGUGUGGCGUAUGAGCAUUGACGACUUGCCUGAGGAGAUACUGAUAAAGAUCUUCUCUCACUUGUCUUUCACUGAGCUAGUGGACGUGGUACGGAAAGUGUGCCGUCGUUGGAGAAAGCUGUCGCGAGAUUUGAGGUUGUGGGCUGACAAGGAAUACCAUGUCGGGGUCUCGAGGCACUGCAACUCGGAGAACUGUAAGAGCGGCAGGACCGAGCGGGAGGCGAUGCGUAUCUUCCGCAGUGCCCGAAACCUGCGUAAAGUACACAUGUGGUGCGCCGUCAGCCCCCACGUCAUCGACGUGCUCUGCGACAAAGGCCGGAGACUCGCAGAUCUCCGCCUGCACGUCGCCCAGAAGCUCGGCUAUUCG